UUUCUAUUCGGGAAGUGCGUUGUGGGUUCUUUAGUCACUCGUUAACCAUGAAAGGCAUUCGUAGCGGGUUUGUUAUUCACGCUCUGUUUCUGCUCUGCGUGAGUUUCGCGAGUUGGGUGGAAGGCGACUUGUUAUCGCUGUCUCAGCUGAAGUUGGACACUCGCAUACAGCCGCAGGAGCAGCUGAUCUCUCAGCACAAUGACAGCGCCUAUGUGCAGCGGAUCAUGAGAUUGGCCAAGUCGGCGGAGAUGCGCAGCUAUAUGCAACCGGAACUGGAUGCCUGUGACAAUUUCUUUGAUUACAGCUGCGGCAACUGGGCCAAGAUUCAUCCGGCCAACGAUGCGCAACCUCGUGAAACGAAUUAUCAACAGCUGUUGACCAAUGGCUUUCAUCACAAGCAGCAAAAGCUGUUGGAACAACCUGCUGAUGUGGAUAUCGAUGAUCCAGCUGUCUUGAAGCUUAAACAAUUCUAUGCGAGCUGUCUCCGAUAUAGACAGAUUCCCCAGUCGCUCUAUCGUCAACAGUUGCUCGAAAUUGCUUCCGAAUUCGGACAUAUGCCAGCAUUGGGGAGUGGGGAGACUAAAGAUUUCGAUUGGAUCGCCACUGUGGCGAAGAUCAAGCAAAAGUAUGGCCUGGAUAUUAUAUUGCUUCUUCAGGAAUCAACUGAUCCUCAUGACAAAUCCCAAAAAAGAGUCUACGUUGGCCAGCCACCUCAGAUAAUUGUGGAGCCAAAUAUCAGAUCAACUGAGAAACACAUUUCGCAACAACUGGAGCAACAUCUCGGAUUGCAACCGGAUGUGGCCGAGGUUAAGGCACAGGAAAUUGUAGAACUGGAAAUAUUGUUGGCCAAGGGCAUGGUAAAUCGUCCACUGGGUGUGCUCGCCCAGCCACGGAACACAUCCGAAUUGUUUAAAGUGUAUGAUACCAAAUUGAACUUGACUCGUUAUGUGGAACUGUCGCUGCAACGUCUGGUUCCGGCGGAAGAGCUGCUCUAUGAGCACGUGCCCACUUAUCAUGCCCAUUUGAUAGAUGUUAUUUCCAAGACGCCAACUCAAGUGCUGGCCAAUUAUAUAUUCUACAAGUUGUUGGAGAAUUUCUACUAUGAUCAGGGAACAUCAUCGGCGGUUGGGCAAUGCAUGGAGAGCUGUAGAAAACAGUUUCCCGAGCUGUUAAAUCAGUUGGUCUAUCGACAUUAUGGGGAUGCGGCAACUUUGACUGACAUUGACUUUGUGUGGCAACAGAUUAAGCGCAGUCUUACUGAUGUCAUCGAGGGCUCUACAAUGGACUGGCUAACAGUGGAAACUCGCAGUCAGUUGUUGCAACAACUAAAUGCAACACGUCUUUUGAUCAAUGGACAUGCAAAUGUGAAUUUCACAGAGAUUUAUUCGAAUUUGGUAGUAAAUCAAACUUAUCUGGACAAUUUACGUGCCGUUUUAAGAUAUAGGCAGAGGCAUAUGCUUGCCACUUUCACAGAGGCAACCACGCUAGUGCCAUUUUAUGAUGAAAUCGACAAUCUGGUAACUCUGCCCGUUUCCCUAUUGCAACCCAAUUUUCUCUGGUCACGUUAUUAUCCACGUGCCUUGCGUUACGCCAGCCUGGGUGCAAUUCUCGCCCAACAGCUCUCCCAUAGUUUUGAUAAUCAUUCUGCCUGGGAUUCCCAAUCGAAGGCUGAGUUUGGUAAGCGUAAAGCCUGCUUUAAGCAUCAGUAUGAACGUCUGCGUUAUGCUGGAGAAUAUCUGCCACCUAGCGAGUUGCAGGACGAGAACAUUGCGGAUAACACAGCGUUGCAAGUGGCUUACCACGCCUACAUGGAUUACCUGGGAAACCUGGCAUCGUCAGCCUUAUCAACGGAGAAACUUCCCCAACUUGCACUCAGUCCAAAGCAACUCUUCUUUGUCAGCUAUGCUCAACUCUGGUGCAACGAUGCCAACGAACAGUUUCGGGAUAAGCAAUCGCUGCUUGCAACUCGCACUCCGAGUACCCUACGCAUCCACGGAGCUUUAACCAAUUUCGCUGCCUUUGCUAGCACCUUUGGCUGUUCCAGCGAUGACCGCAUGAAUCCCUCACAAAAGUGUCACAUGUAUGCCAUUAAUUUGAAUCAGUAACCAAUAAUAAAAACCAAGAAUAUUAGAAUUGUAUACACAAUA